GCUCAUUUCUAAUCCGUGUUUUUAUGUUAUGUUCAAUCAUCCAAUGGUAAAAGAUAAAGGCAUUGUAGUCCUAGCAGAUCUUAACACUGCUCUCUCAUUAGAAAGAAUGACGGCUGGUAAUGGUUUAAGCUGAGGAUCACCACAUCUCAGGCGAGGACAGAAGUUGAGAAAGAGAGUCCUUCUUGGUAACUUCAACUGAUGUGGAAAUUAAACCAAUACUGUUACCACUUUACAUUGCAAACCAGCUGUUCAGCCAACUGAACUGAUCAAUUCCCAACAGAUACGAGGAGUGGGUUGAAUAAAGAAGUGGAACUAUUUCCCCUCUCCUCACAUGGGAAUGUAACCAUUUAGGGAUGUCCCGAUCAGAAUGAAAUGAUUGGUGAACCCUUGCCCAGGAACCAGUCAGUGAAAUGGACUACAGAUAUCAAUUUUCAGUUUUCAUCACCUGGCUUGCAUACUUGAGAUUUUCAUGGGGUAAAAACAAUUUUAAAAAGGUCACUACUGACCUAGAGUGGCUGCUGUCAUCACCUAUCAUCCCAGGCAAAAACAUGUAACAUACAAAAUUGGCUGCAUUGCAAUUAUCAUUUUAAUUAAGUGGGACCGAAAAUCAGUGAGGCAUUAAGAAAUUUACAUUUCUUGUUUUAAUCGCAUUCACACGAUUGACGGAAAGGUUGCCUACAAUUUGGCAACUGGAAAUGAAGACACAGACACCAAGUCAACAAAGGAGGUCAUCUUGUAAACAUGGCCCGAGGAGAACUCAGUCCCCUUUUACUGCUGCUUUCUGUGAACAUCAUCUCUGGAACAAAUUAUUGUGGCAUCAGAGGUCCACCAGGUUUACCUGGACCAAGAGGUCCACCUGGUGCAAAAGGUGCUGCAACUAUAGGACCUCCGGGCAUAUGUGGACCACCUGGUCAGACAGGAAUGCCAGGACCAUCCUGUGCAGGACAUCCAGGCAUAUCUGGAACACCAGGAAGAAAGGGCGAAACAGGAAUCUGUGGGCCAACUGGUGACAUAGGACCUCAAGGACAACCAGGACAUCAAGGGUCUCCUGGACCUGUAGGUUCUCCUGGAGGUACAAUAAAAGCUGUGGAUGGUGAGGCAGGUCCACAAGGACCUCCAGGAUCUGCAGGAUCAAGAGGUGAACAUGGAAUUUUUGGGGAACCAGGAUAUCCAGGUCUGUGCGGAGAAAAGGGUGAUGUUGGAUUUGGCCCUCCUGGCCUUACAGGACCAAAGGGAUAUCCAGGGCCUCAAGGUGAGCCAGGAACUCCUGGCAAAAUAUUUGCAGGUCUACCGGGCGUUCCUGGUAUUCAUGGUAUUUCAGGAGAAAAAGGUGAAAGUGGAGAACCUGGUAGACCCGGAGCUGCUGGUUUACCUGGUGAAAGAGGCUCAGAGGGGCCACCUGGUAUAUCAAUUUCAAUACCAGGAGCAGAUGGGAAACCAGGACUUCCAGGGCUUCCUGGAAGCAAGGGUUCUCCAGGUCCACAAGGUAUACCAGGUAUUCCUGGACCACCAGCUAUUGGAAAAGCAGGUUUGCCAGGCCUUAAAGGUGAACCUGGUCCCAGAGGUAUGGAUGGCUUUGCUGGUGAGAAGGGUGUUCAAGGAAUAGAUGGAGAAUCUGGUAUUGCAGGAUCCACAGGGGUAUCAGGGCCAACAGGACCAGCAGGUAUGCCAGGUACUCCAGGUGAAGACGGUAAUCCAGGACCACCAGGAGAACCUGGCAAUAUAGGCCUGCCAGGAAUUCCUGGCUUACGAGGUGAUGAAGGACUAACAGGUGCUCCAGGAAAAUCAGGAAUUCCAGGAGAAGAAGGUAUCCCAGGAUUACAAGGAAAAGAAGGGCCACCUGGCCCACAAGGUGAUAAAGGACCCAUAGGUGGACCUGGUGAAGUUGGUAUACAAGGCAUUCCUGGUUUCCAUGGACCAGUGGGGAUUCAAGGUAAUUAUGGAGAAAUGGGACCUGCUGGCAAAAUAGGGGAACAAGGUCUAAAUGGGUCUCGAGGUCCUCCAGGUCAGAAAGGUAUGAGAGGAGAUCCAGGAAAGCGAGGUCCACCAGGCCUUUCCAGCCCUUUCAUAUCAGGAACCCUUUUGGGAGAAGGUAUGGAAACAUCCAGUGAUGCAAAACUGCAAGGACCACCAGGCAUCCCUGGCCCAUCAGGCCCACCAGGUUUACUGGGUCCCCCGGGCCCACCAGGAGAAACUGUAAUCCAAUCAAUGCCAAAUCCUGAUCAAGGUUUUAAAGCCAUUCUCACUACACCAUAUUCUACAACAGGAAUGCCAAUAGUUUUUGACCGACUACUAUACAAUCAAGCCCAUGUCUAUGAUCCAGCAACAGGAGUUUUUACAUGCCAAGUACCAGGCAUCUACUAUUUCUCCUAUCACAUCCAUGUCAAAGGCAAAAGUGUUCAGGUUGCACUGUAUAAAAAUGGUGAACCAAUUCUAUACACGUAUGAUGACUACAAUGAAAAGAAGAUUGAUCAAGCCUCAGGCAGUGUUGUGUUACAGUUACAGGAAAUAGAUAAAAUAUACUUACAGUUGCCCUUCCAGCAGUUUAAUGGAUUAUACUCCUCUGAUAAAAUGCAAUCAUCCUUCUCAGGAUUCCUGGUUCACCAAACAAAUUUAUCGAAGUAGGGAGACUAUCAGCUAAUGAUAAAAGAUAUUUCAUUGUAAAUCAUUUUGAAAAAUAACAACAGAUUUUUGAUCUUGGAAUAAAAUAUACUUUAAAAGUAUGCAGGAAUGCAAGAAUGGACAUAUCAAUAAAUCAUCAAAAUGCCAUUUAACAAGCAGCUUGUGUAUCUAAUCACCUUAUGCCU